AUAGUUUUGCAGCGCUCAUGCAACAUCGCCAACAGUGUACCCAAUACAAUUUGCUGUAUAGGUCCACUUGACAGUCUCUGUUCUCUGACGCCGCUCUUGUAGAGGCAGAACGCAUCACACACGAUCUGUUCAGCUUUAAGACUUUUGAUGUAUGGAUUUGAUAGUCAGUGUAGAAUAUUGUGUUAUUGCAGAGGACGGAAUUAAAUAAAUCUCACUAACUCCAUGCACUGCUCAACGGAUCCAGCUACAGGAGUCCGUCUGCCAGUAAGAUGAGGUUGCUACAACACUGACCGACAACACGUCUCACACACUGGAUCACAGUAACCUGGAUGCAACACACUCCUGCAGACCAAGAUGUGUGUAUCUGCCCUGUCUCGGCGGCUGAUGCUGUGUCUGCAGCUGUUGGUGAUGGUGGUUUUCAGGACACAAGGUGAGGUCAUCGCCCCCUCCAGCAUGACCGCUGUGGCGGGCCUCCCCUUCACGCUGGGCUGUAACGUCACCAUAGCAACUGGCGACACGGUCAAGCAGGUCCGCUGGCUGAACAAACACAAGCAGGUUCUCCUGGCGUACGAGCCAGGCGAGUCGGUCAGAACCACCUCCCGCCAAGACGACGUGGAACUAACUUCCUCGCACCGCAACGUUAGCGCCAUCACCAUCAAGAGGGUGGGGCCUAACGACGAGGGCUGCUACCGCUGCAUCUUUGACAUCUACCCCAGUGGAGCACAGGAGGGAAUGACCUGCCUCAGUAUCGAAGUCAAAGUGGGCAAUGAGGGUAAUAAAACAGCCAUCAGCGGGAAGCUGGCCACCAUGUCCUGCUGGUACGGCCUCCCAGACAGGGUACGCCAGGUCCUGUGGAGAAAGACUGCAGAGCAGGGCGACACGGCCACGUUGGCCUCCUUUGCCAAGCGAGGCCAACCCAGCAUUGAGGAACCUUAUCGGGGACGCAUGACCCUGAACCCCUCCCUGGGAGACACACAGCUCUCCAUCAGGCCGGUGAAGACGGAGGACGAGGGCUGCUACACCUGCGAGUUCCACACUUACCCAGAAGGCACCAGGAGCGCCACGGCCUGCCUCUUUGUAUAUGUGCUGCCCAACCCAGAGAUCACCCACGUGACCUCCAGCGGGGUCAUCGAGGCCAACUGCACGGCCGCAGCCCGUCCUGCAGCCCAGAUGGUAUGGAAUGUGGAGGGGGACAACCGGACGCUGGGGCCGUCCGUGUCCUCGUCCUACGACCAGGGGGACGGCACCACCCUGGUCACCAGCACCCUCCUCCUCCAGGAGGCCCUGCCCCACGACCAAUCCGUCAAAUGCAUGGUGCACCACCGAGGCCUGGACUCGCCCAUGUCCGUCAACCUCAAUGUUGGUUCGGCCCUCACUACUAUCAUCUCAGUAUCCUGUGUGGCAGCCCUGCUCCUGUGCUGUCUGUGUGUGUGCCUCUGCAAGUGCUUCCUGUGUCGAGACGAUUGAGAUUUGACCUGGAAUGGUGGAAGAAGGACUGUUUUGAUGAGAAGCCAGAGUUCUGGUCAUCCAGCUAGACUUAUCAGCUCCUCAGCACCAUACGCCCCAUGUCUGUUAGAAGGAACAACUCACUACAGUACUACACAUCACCAACAGCUGUUUCCCCAGGUCCCACUGGGUGAACUGGACAUAAACCUUCAUCCCACCAGUGACAACAACAUCAACAACACUAAAGCCAUGUUUCUAUUAACAGUAGAUAUAAAGACACUUAUCAACAUGUGGCUUUGAAGUUUUAGUUUGUCUGGUCCCAGAUCAGUUUGUAAUGACUUGCCAACUCCUAUAGUCAUUGUUACGAUCUGAUCCCAGAUCUGGCUCAGCAGAUCUGGGAUCAGGCUAUAACCGGUCCACUCGAUGAAGACAAAGGCCCUUAAUAGGAAGUGCUUUAAAAGUAGGUUUUAAAUGAUACGUUCGCAAAAACGUUCUAAUUACACUAAUGUUGAACAGUUACUGUGAGUUUAAGGACCAGGCUGCUUUUUUAUGUAGGAGUUCUCCUGUUAUUAGUUUGUGUGAUUUUGCUGCUGUUAUAAGGGCAGGGCGGGGUGGGGGGGUGUUACACAUAUCUUUAUUUUAUGACUCAAAAACACAAACACACAAGUUGACUUCAUGGGAGUUCCAGUAUUAAAAUGCAAUUUGCCAUGUAUUAAUACAAACAAUAUCAUAUAUAUUUCUCAUGCUCAAUAUUUAACUAUUUACAACAGGGAAUGACAAAAUGUCUGUUGGCCUUUCCUAUUGAAGCGUAUUCCUACCAUCUGACCAUUUGAACUGAAGGUGUAAUUACAGCAGGAAAAUGGCCUCCAACUUUUCAGCCUGUUUAAACCUCACAACAGAUGUAUACAAAUGAACUACUACUGUUUAUUAGCAAUAAACUCUUCAGCAUCU